AUGACCAAAUAUCUUAGCGAACAUACAUGUUCUCUUGAAAUGAGAACUGGUAAUCAUCGACAAGCAAAAAGUUGGGUUAUUGGACACUUAAUAAAGUCCAAAUAUGAACAAGUUGGCCGAAUCUACUACCUAAGAUAUAUAAUUGAGGACGUUCGACGAGAAUAUGGAGUGAACAUUACCUACGGACGGGCUUAUUGCACUAAAGAGUACAGAUUGAUGUAUACACGAGGGCCGCCAGAAGGAUCAUAUGCUAUUGUUAGGGCAUACGACGAGGCACUUAAGCUUGCAAAUCUAGGUACCAUAUUUGAGGUUGAAGUAGAAGACGUUCAAUACUUUAAGUACGUCUUCAUGGCACUUUGUCCAUGUAUCAGGGGUUUUCUAAACUGCAUCCGCCCAGUAAUCGUUGUUGAUGGGACCCAUUUUCAUGAGAAAUACAAAGGUAUGUUGUUAAUAACAACGUGUAUUGAUGGAAAUAACAACAUAUAUCCUAUCGCCUUCAGUAUUGUAGAUUGUGAGAACGAUGCAUCAUGGACUUGGUUCAUGACUCAUUUGAAGGCUUCAAUAGGAGACGUUUCCAAUCUAGUGAUUAUAUCAAAUCGUCACAUCUCAAUUGCAAAGGCGAUUGCAAGGAUAUUCCCUAGUGCAUUUCAUGCCCUGUGUAUAUACCAUAUUCGGAACAAUUUGUUGGACAAAUUCAAGAAUGAGGACAUAAUCCCACAUUUCUACCUAGCGGCAAAAGCAUAUAGAAUUUCUGAAUUUCAAAUGUAUUGGGCUAAGCUCCAUCAAUAUCCUGGUGUGACGGCCUAUCUUGAGGAGUUUGGAUUACAACGGUGGGCAAGGGUUUAUCAACUCCAUUGUAGGUAUGACAAGAUGACGACAAAUAUAGUAGAAUACCUCAAUGGAGUGUUGAAAGAUGCCUGA